CAUCCUCCCUGCCUGCCUGCCUGCCGGCCAUCCUCCCUCCCUGCCUGCCUUCCUCCCUCCCUGCCUGCCUUCCUCCCUGCCUGCCGGCCAUCCUCCCUGCUUGCCUGCCUUCCUCCCUGCCUGCCUUCCUCCCUGCCUUCGUUUCUGCUUUCCUCCCUAUCUUCCUGCCUUCCUGCCUUCUUCCCUGCCUUCGUCUCUGCUUUCCUCCCUGCCUUCCUUUCUGCCUUCCUCCCUGCCUGCCCGCCCGCUUUUUUUCCUCCUUGCCUCGCUUAUAUUGAACUAAAGACUUGUAUUCACUUGAGCCUUCUGAGAAUUGCCAGUGCGUGUCAUAAUGCACUUAGAGGUCUAAUUCCUGGGAAUUCACACAGGAGUGGUGUUGGUUAACAGUGGAUAUUACAAGUGGGAGCUUGGAGGAAAUUUCAAGGCUUACACCUAGCUCAAGACCUAAUUGGAGAUCUUUAAAUACAUCUAUGGAGUCAUUAACACCAGAAACAUAUUUGCAAAAGGUUGAUUCACCUGUCAGUUUGGCUGAUGGUUAUCAGAGAGGCAGUCUAGAAGAUUGCUGUGCAGCAGAAAACAAAGGCGAUGACAGAGAUAAAUCUGAUGUCCAGGAAGUAAGAACAGAUCAGCAAACAGCGGAGAGUACGACCAUGUCUCUUCUGAAGUGUCUGUGGAAUCCUGACACAUUGUCAGGAUGUAGCUCUAAUUCAGAUUCUGGUGAUGAAAGCACUGAAACACAGAUGUCAAAAUUCUGUGAACCUUCCCCACGACAACCAAGUAAUGCAAAAUCAGAUAUUAGUUUACAGACUUUGAAAUCCUGUGAACCUUCCCCAGGAAAACCAGCAGACUCUUCUGACUUGGAAUGUUCUGAAGACACAGAUAUAGAUGCUCAGAUUCAAGCGGCUAUAAAGAAAAUGAAUGAACUUGACAUAAUACUUGAAAAACAGUGUUUUAAGGAAAAAGCAGUUAAAAUGCGAGGCAAAGAAAUGAGGGCAAUGCUCUGGGAGGAACUUCAGUCUAUCAGAACCACAGGAAGCCACGAGGAAAUAGAAAACACAAAUCAGUUUUUAGCUUUGUUCUCAUCGUGGCAUGAUACAGCUGAUCCUUCCCAUGCUAAAGGAGAUGAACUAUAUACUUCAGUAUUUCACACACAAAUGAAUCCUGAAGAUUAUGAUCGCCAUAAAGCCCAAGAAAACCAGGAUUAUCCAAGUGAAUUAGAAACAGAAAAAUCAGCAGAAAAAGCACAUAGCAAAAAUAAAACCAGCCAGCAUUUCAUUAAAAAGAACAUUGAGCUAGCAAAGGACUCAGGAAACCAUUUUGUUAUGCUUGAGGGAGAAAAGGAAAGACUAACUGAACUCUUGAAAGAUACAGAAGAUGGAAUUGAAUUGCAGGAUCUUGAGGAGAAUGUGUCUGUCUGGCAGGCACCAGGAGAAGGGUACACACCUGAACCGAUGGAAUUUCAUCUCCUGAAAGAGAUAGAACAUAAGCUUCAGCUACUACAAUCUGAUGAGGAGUUUCCUGCUCUUUCCAGCUCUAGCUCAAAAUGUCCAAGCCAGAUAUGUCAGGAGUCUCUGGUUUAUGCAAACAGAAGCCUAGAAACAGUUCCAGGUGAAAAGGUUCUGCGGGACAAUAAGGAAAAACGUUAUCAAGAGAAUCGUCUGAAGGAAAUAGACAAUCAGCUGGAAUCCCUAGAGAGAAGUCUUACUGAAGAACAAACGACCCUCUCUGAAGAGCAGCUUAAGACCCUUCUGGAAGAAUGUAUGCAGCCUCAGAGAACAAUGAGUAACGUUACCAUGCCACAGUCUCAGGAAUCUCUUUCUUUUGGAUUAAGUCCCCCUUCUUACACAAGUCAAGACUCCACUCUUCACUCCACAUCUAGUCUUUCCAAAAUGUUAGUUGAAGACCAUAUUAUGGGGAUGUUAAUGGCUCAGGAAAAGGCUGGACUUGAAGACAAAAGCUUAUGUGUUAAUGCAGAGAGCGAAGUCCUUGGCUACUAUAUCAGCAAAGCAUUGGCUGGUAGUCACUUACCAAAGGAUUCACUGGCCCAAACAGAGGAACCUGAUGACCUAGAAGGUUUACAGAAGAUGGAAGAUAAGAGUAUUACUGCAGGUUACUUUAUGUCAAGAGCACUCAACACAAAAAGAUUGAAGAAACCGUCUUUCUUGGGUGAACCAUUAUAUUGCAUCAGUAUGAACAAUGAGCUAUCCACAGAGGCUGACAUUCUCAGCAUACCACUGCAAACCAAAGGAGAUCAUAUGAACACUGAAAUUUGAGGGGAGAGUGACUAUAUGCUUCUCUGCGCAGCUGUUUUGUGAAAGUGUAGCUAAACCUCUGAUAGUGUUAUUACACUGAUACAGUGUAAUAUAAAACAACCUGAUGGGAAUAAAUUAUCAUAAUUGAAAAUGUUCCAUUUGUUGAUUUUUUCUGUAGAGAAUUAUUAUCGUCAUUAUCAUAUAUUUUUGCAGUUUGAUUUCAAAUAAACUCUUGCAUUUCAUUAAAUUUCUUGGGAGAGUUCUGCCUAGUAAAGAAAUGUACACGGGUAUUGUGUAGCUGUGUGUCUGAUAAGACAUGUGUGUCUUUGUAAAAGAAAGGCAAACAAAAACCCAACCAAAUUUGAAAAGUUUAGUAUUUACUGAUGGGGCUUUAUUAGAGAUGGUGUAAAAAAUAUAUAUAAUAAUUUUUCUUUACACACACACACACUGAGUCUAGCUUUUUCAUAAAGUUAGCUAAAUCAUGGCUUGUGUUAUCUCACUGCAGUUUGCUGGAGCUUGCAGCCUGUCUGACUCAGAGUCCUGACUCAGUGAAGCAUCCCAUAACUCAGUUUUUCGCCCCGGGGCUGUCUGUUGGCUGCACCCCUGGUUUGGUGGAAGGCUCAAAUUGCCCAAGUGCUCUGCUGGAUCAGAACAUCAGCACUAGUCUGCUCAGGUCUGCUUGAUUCUUGUCUGGAAAAACGGUAACCACACAGCAAACAUUCAUAUCUUCUAGUUCAGAAAUGUAAUUGAAUGAGGAAGGAUGGCAGCCCCUGGUGAAGGUCUGGUGGGAGUAAAAGUGGAGGCAUUCAGAAGUUUUCCCUAGCAGCUACUAGAUUGUGAAACCUUAUAGUGGUGGGGGAGGGUAAUGCAGCUGGUUUGGGUUUGAGGGAAUAGUUACAAUUCAUUACAGGUUUUUGAUUGUCUAGUUUUUGACUAGUAUUUUUUCCUGAUUUUUGCCUUAUUUACUCAGCUGAUGGUCAGGUUUCCAUUUCAUGUGCUGCAAUGUCAGAAUAAGAAAACAUUAUUAGGAACA